GGAGGGGAACGAGGCGCGGGACGCUAGCAAAUCAGUCGUGCGCGUUCUGCCGCGAUUGGGUCACGUGUGUUGUGUCAAAAAAUUUCGUUCGCCGUCACAUGUAAGCGCGAUGGAUGUUCUUCCUAGCGGUAACCUAUUCCGCGAGUUGCAGGAUGUCACCGACACCGGUUAUUUCGAAUGGAAGUUGUCACUCGAAGACUACUGGCAACAGACAUGUUACGAAAUGGAGCGGUACCUCCGGGAAGAGCCACGAGGGAAGCGCAGGGAACCAGCACAAGAGGAGGACUGGGCGAGGUCAUCUACAUCCUCCCCACCGACACCCCCGUCGCCACAGUCACCUAGAAUCUUCACCGUCACGGCGGUGAAGAGCGAACCUCCUAGCGAUUCCGAUGAACCUAGAGACGAGCCACCGAGCCCGGCGCCAGUUCGACGUCACGUGCCACGUCACCACCCGCACUCACACGCCACCGACCCCAGGCGUCGCGUGCAUAGGUGCGAAUUCCCAGCCUGUGAUAAGGUUUACACCAAGAGCUCGCACCUUAAAGCGCACAAACGAACACACACAGGUGAAAAACCAUACAAAUGUUCUUGGGAUGGAUGUGAAUGGCGGUUUGCGCGGUCGGACGAGCUGACUAGACAUUACCGUAAACACACGGGAGCGAAACCAUUUCGUUGCCGUCACUGCGAGCGUUGCUUUUCACGCUCGGAUCAUCUAGCACUUCAUGCGAAACGUCAUGCGUAG